AUGGCUGAUAUAUUUAAAACCAUGUUCCAAGAUAUUGUUUCUCUGGUGAAUGAAUCCACAUCAACGUUCAACCAAGGUGAAUCUUCAUCUACUUUACCAUCAGAAUCGAAAUCAAAUACUACAGAGUAUUUAGAUGAGGGUGAUCCUACUUAUAUUUGUGACUACUGUGGUGCGAAAAUGUGGUAUGGUGAACGCAUUGAGAAGAAAAGGAAGAUCAAGAAACCAAAAUUUUCUUUGUGUUGUGGACUAGGUCAAGUUCAGUUACCAUUACUAAAGGAAUCACCGGAGGUCUUGCCAAGAUUGCUUCAUGGAGAAGAUGAUAUGAGCAGAUAUUUUCGGGAAAAUAUCAGGCAGAUUAAUAUGGUUUUUUCUUUUACAUCUCUUGGGGGUAAAGUAGAUAGAUGUGUACUGCAAGGACGUGGACCAAAAAUGUUCCAGCUUCAAGGAGAAAACUAUCACUUAAUGGGUAGUUUAAAGCCACCAGAUGGAGAAGAAGCCAAUUUUUCUCAGCUUUACAUUGUUGACACUGAAAACGGAAUUGAAAACAGAGCCGCCAUCAUAGGGAAAUACAAGAAAUCUGUUGAUAAGGCUAAAAAAGAGAGUUUGAGAAAACAAGUCAUUCAGAAGAUAGUUGAGAUGCUAACGAAGUUAAUCCAUAUGUGCAUCAAUUCCGCUCAGCAUACUAAUCCGGAGACUACUUUCCAUAUGCGGAUUGUCAGCAGCCGCGAGAAAGACGGGAGGACAUAUGAUACUCCUACUGCAUAUGAGGUGGCUGCAUUAAUUCCAUGUGAUUUUAAUUUGGAAAUGGAUAAAAGAGAUAUUGUUCUGGAAGAGAAGCAAACAGGAUGGCUGAAACGGAUAAGUGAAAUACACCCUUCCUACCUAGCUCUUCAAUAUCCUCUUAUAUUUACAUAUGGUGAGGAUGGGUUCAGACUUGGGAUUAAAAAAAGACCUACAGAUGCUACAGCAAAACUGAAGAGGAAAAAUAUUAGUAUGAGACAGUGGUAUGCAUUUCAGAUUCAUGAAAGAGAUGGGGGAAGUCAUACACUUCUGCACUCUAAAAGGCUAUUCCAACAGUUUUUGGUUGAUGCUUUUACAACUAUAGAGUCUAACCGGUUGUGCUAUCUGAGGAUGAACCAGAAAAGCCUUAGAUCAGAUAGCUUUGACUCUAUUCAGCAGUCUGAAAACUAUGGGAAGAUAGAUAUGCAUGAUCAAGGCAGUCGGUUUUUGUUACCAGUCACAUUUGUUGGAGGACCAAGGUACAUGAAGAAUAUGUAUCUAGAUGCAAUGGCGAUCUGCAAAUAUUUUGGGUUUCCAGAUCUGUUUAUAACCUUUACAUGCAAUCCUAAAUGGCCUGAAACCACCAGGUAUCUUCAGCCACGCAAACUCAGUCCUGAUGACAGAUCCGAUAUUCUAUGCAGGAUAUUUAAGUGUAAAUUGGAUUCUCUUAUGGAUGAUUUAACAGAAAAGGAGCUUCUUGGAAAGACAGUGGCAUUAAUGUACACUGUUGAAUUUCAGAAAUGUGGCCUACCACAUGCUCAUAUUCUGAUAUUCAUGCAUCCGAAAUCCAAAUUUCCUACAACAGAUGACAUUGACAAGAUCAUCUCCGCAGAAAUAUCAGAUAAGGAAGAAGAACCAGAGUUGUUUGAAGUGGUAAAGGAUAUGAUGAUUCAUGGUCCUUGUGGGGCAGUAAACAUGAAGUCACCAUGCAUGGAAAAUGGCAAAUGUUCAAAGUUGUAUCCUAAAGAUCAUGUUGAAAAAACGGUUGUGAACAAAGAUGGCUUUCCAGUUUAUAGAAGGCGUGAAAUGCUUGGUUGCUUUGUAGAGAAAAAUGGCUUCAAAUGCGAUAACAGAUAUGUUAUACCAUAUAACAAGGAAUUAUCCCUUUGUUAUCGAGCCCAUAUUAAUGUGGAAUGGUGCAAUCAGACUGGUUCUAUUAAAUACUUAUUCAAGUAUAUUAAUAAAGGUCAAGAUCGUGUCACUGUUACUGUAGAGCCACCAGAAAAAGGACCAGCUAAACAAAAGGUUGGGACUGAUGGAACAGUGAGUGCUGUUGCCAGAAAGCUAACGUUUGCAGAAAUCCCAACUAAGUUCACGUGGAAUAAGAAGGAGAGAAAGUUCCACGAUAGAAAGAAAGGAUUCAGUAUUGGUAGGAUCAAUUAUGCCCCAAGGAAAAUUGAAGAAGCUUUCUAUUUGUGUGUUUUGCUAAACAUAGUUAAAGGUCCAACAUGUUUUGAGGAGAUUCGAACAUUCAACAAUGUUGUGUAUCCUACAUAUAAGAAGGCGUACUACGCGAGGGGCUUACUAGAUGACGAUCAAGAAUAUAUUGAUGAUCUUGUGAGGGCGAGUUUCACUAAAUUAGCAGGACAUAUGCGGCAUGCUUUUGUUGUAAUGCUCAUGUCUGGUAGUUUGUCAGAGCCAGAGUUUGCUCUUCUUGAGAUUGAGAAAAUUUUAAAGAGCAAUGGAUUUUCUUUAGAUCAAUGGGAAUAUAUGCCAAAGCCAGCUCCCGACAUUGGUGGGAAUGACAAUAUGUUGAUUUUAGAUGAGCUGAGUUAUGAUAGGGAGAAGCUGAAAGCCGAGCAUGACAGAGACAUUGUCAAACUAACAGAGGAGCAAAGGAAGAUCUAUGAAGAGAUUGUUGAUGCAGUAGUAAAUGAAAACGGAGGUGUGUUCUUUGUUUAUGGAUUUGGUGGAACUGGUAAAACCUUCAUGUGGAGAUUGUUGUCAGCAGCAAUCAGAUACAAGGGAGAAAUAUGUUUGAACACUGCAUCAAGUGGGAUAGCUUCUCUAUUGCUACAAGGAAGAAGGACAGCACUUCCUAGAUUUGGAAUACCGAUAAACCCAGAUGAGUUUUCCACUUGCACACUCAUUCCAGGUAGUGAUCAAGCUAAUUUGGUAAAAGUAGCUUCUCUAAUCAUUUGGGAUGAAGCCCCAAUAAUGAGCAGGCACUGUUUUGAAUCUUUGGAUAGGAGUAUGAAAGACAUUAUGGGGAGCAAGGACAGCAGACCUUUUGCUGGGAAAGUAGUUUUAUUUGGAGGUGAUUUUAGACAAGUAUUACCUGUCAUACAUGGUGCUGGAAGAGCAGAAAUAGUACUGGAUUCUCUUAAUUCCUCAUAUUUAUGGAAGCAUGUCAAAGUGAUGAAACUAACAAAGAAUAUGAGGCUAAUUUCUGAAAACCUGUCUGCUGAAGAUGCAAAGGAAUUAAAGAAAUUCUCAGAGUGGAUUUUAGAUGUUGGGGAUGGAAAGAUUGGUGAAGAGAAUGAUGGAGAAGUAGUAAUCAAUAUUCCAGAAGAGUUUCUUAUUACUGAUGGAGAUGAUCCAAUAGAAUCAAUUAGCAGAGCAGUGUAUGGUGAUGUUGUUUCUUUACAACAGAAUAAAGAGCCAAAGUUUUUUCAAGAGAGGGCAAUUUUGUGUCCUACCAAUGAGGAUGUCAACAAGAUUAACCAGCACAUGUUGGAUAAACUACCAGGAGAAGAAAGAAUUUACUUAAGCUUUGACUCCAUUGAUGCUUCUGAUCGAUUCUCAUUUAAUGACCAAGCUCUCACUCCCGAUUUUUUAAACACCAUCAAGGCUUCUGUUCUUCCAAAUCAUAGCAUUCGUUUGAAAGUCAGCUGUCCUGUGAUGCUGCUUAGAAACAUCGAUCAUACAAACGGACUGAUGAAUGGCACUAGACUCCAGAUUACAGAGAUGGAUGAUUUAAUGGUGAAGGCGAAAGUGAUCACAGGAGAAAAGGUGGGAAAAACUGUGAUCAUUCCUAGAAUUUCUAUAACACCAUCAGAUAAGAAAUUGUCUUUCAAGAUGAGGGUCAAUCACUAUCUCAUGUUGGUUUGUAUCUUUCAAGAGAUGUCUUCUCUCAUGGACAACUAUAUGUGGUUGUCUCCAGGGUUACAUCAAAAAAAGGGAUUGAAGAUUUUAAUUGUUGACGAUGAAGGAAAGCCUAAUAGGGAGACAAUAAAUGUUGUUUUCAAAGAGAUUUUUCAGAAUCUCUAA